UGGCAUACAUCUGACUGUGCGCGCGGCUCAGUGCACGCCCCAUUCCCUACCACACUCCAGUGAAGUCUCAGAAGCAACAACAACGACAGGCAGCCUCCGCCGCCAACAAGCAGCUAGUCAAGACGGGAAACUCCAAGAGCAAGGGCAACAUGAGCGAGCACGUUGACGCCGUAAAUGAAAUGGUGGGCAAGCAUGGCGUGGUGGUGUACUCUAAGUCGUACUGCCCUUUCUGCGCCAAGGCCAAGAAGGCGUUGAAUGACGUCGGGGCCAAGUACGAGCUUAUCGAGCUAGACCAGGUGGACAACGGCAGCGCCAUCCAGGACGCUCUCCAGUCUAUCACUGGCCAGCGCUCUGUGCCGAACGUCUUCAUCGGCGGAACGUCCAUCGGAGGGGGAGACGACACGGUCCGGCUGCAGAAGUCCGGGGAGUUGUUGACGAAGGUCACGGCCGUUGGCGCUGUCUAAGGCGGCGUCACUCGAAUGAAUUUUCCGGCGUAAAUUUUUGGCUGUUGUCUUGAGUACUCAUAAGUGUGUUCAAUCGCGCUAGGGUUACAAUUUCCACGCACUCAGCACUGCUGAGCUGCUGAGGUGGAGACGGGGGGUCGCUGCUGGUGUUGGUGUGCGGAUUGUUUUCGUUUUGGUUGAUAGGGCAGACGAAAAUGGCCUCGGCUGAUAACCAGCCCAUGGAUGGAUCAUUCAGAAGUUUUUUUAUUGACCUGCACAAGAGGUAGAAAUGCGCGCUUGAACGUCGGUGUGAUAUGAACCCAGACGGUGGCUUCUAAUCAGCGCGGGAGGCCUCUGCUGGUUAAUGUAUGGUCCUUGAUUGCAGGAGAACAGUUUUUGCAAGAGAUCGAGCCUAGAAGGCGGCUUCUAAACAGGGCAGGAGGCCUCUACUGGUCUGUGUAUGGUCUUUGAUUGUCGCAGAAGAAGAUGCAUCUCUGGGCUCCGCAAGCUACCGCCGUUGCUACCCACAGCUUCCCUGCUUCCAACGUCACCAAGAAGAGGUGUGUUUGCCCUGAUGAGACCCGGGAAGGAGCAACUCGGGAACUGUUGUGGACCCCCGGUCGCGGCGGUUAA